UUCAAUUGUGUUGAAACCAAACCAAACCAAACAAAGCCAAAAAUGUCUGCAAUCCCUGUUACCAAUACCAUCUCUGAAAUCAUGGAGAGGAUGUCUUCUUUCCGUGGUUUUGGCCAAAACAUCACUGAAAAUAUCAAACACCAUCUCACUGCCAUCCAAAACAAAUGUUUGGGUUCAGCAAAGCUUGACCUAAGUGACCCCAAAACGAAAAAAUGGUUGGGACAAGUCACCGAGUUGUUCUACUUAGUCGAUGAUCUCUGCGCCAAGGCUGCUCUGCUUUCAAAGCAGAGGAAGAUGAUGCCAUUGUUCCCUACGUGCAACCUUAAACCACUGCUCCAACUCAGGAAAAUCGAAAAGCAGCUGGCACGGGAAGUGGCACCAAUGAAGAAUGUCAAAAUGUUGCCAAUCCGGGAUGUAGAGGAGGAAAAAGAAGCAGAAACCGUGGUGCGAGGUUAUGUCAAGGAAAAAAUUAUGAAAAGCAUCUUGGACAGGAAGAAAGGUGUUGUUCGAGCGGUUGUGAUUUUUGGGAUUACAGGGUUAGAGAAGGGAAAAGUUACUGAAUAUGCUUGCGAAGAUGAGAAUGUGAAAAGUGGCUUUGACGUGGUGGUGCCGAUUGACGGUCUGCACCUCGAGCAGCAUUUUGCUGAUUCUGUGGUGGAUCGUGUGAAGCAUGAAUUAGAGGCGAAGAAGAAAAAGGACUCUGGUGAGGGAAAAGGAUUCUUUGUGGUUCUGGAUGAUUUUCACAAUGAGAACCAUGGGGAAUGGCUUCAAUUGAUGACGAAACUGAAGGAGGCAGCACAAGCACACACAUCAACUGGAGGUGGUGUAUUACUUGUAACUACACGGAAUGAAGCCGUACUUAAAUCUGUGAAUCAUACAUUUUUUUCAGUUCGCUGUUAUCAGUUUGAUAGCUUGGAUCUUUCCGAGUCACAGCCUUUGUUUGAGAAAAUUGUAGGAACAAGGGCGACGACAAUUGGAUCAAAGACCAAAGGCGAUUUGCUAGAGCACAUGUGUGGAGGAAUCCUCGGAGCAGUAAAAUCAAUGGCAAGGCUAGUGAGGUCCCAGAAUCCAACUACCGAAUCAGAUAUAAAUGCAUUGAAGGAUGAAUUUGUACAGGAGAUGCUGUUGAAAUAUUACAGUGAGUUCGACCUCCCCUCUUGGCGUCUAAGACAGUGCUUUGCUUAUUCUUUAUUUAGAUUCUAUCCUUCAACUGAUUUUGUGAAGGAGUUUGUGAAGGAGGAGGAGCUAAUUAGGCUUUGGAUGGCGGAGGGAUUUCUGGGACACUCUUCUUCUCAACAUGAACCAGAAGAUUUGGGUCAUGAGUGUAUACAAGAAUUCCUCCGUAGGUCAAUAUUCAGUUCUCAAGAAGAUGGAUGCAUCAGCAUUAACAAAAGUAAAGCCCUAACAAUAAUCUUGGCUGGCAACGACAGAGUGUACAUGGAGGACAACGGCACCACCGACGACAAUAUUCGCCGACUGUUGAAGGGUUCCAACAUGGAUGUUUCAACAGGCAACUUCAGAUCCCUCUUUAAAAACAAUAAAAGUGUGCGCACCUUUCUUCUAGAAGAAAAGCAACAACGGGUUCCAGACCAGGUGAUGUUAAGCUGGCUUGCGUGUGAUGCAAUUUUGUCAGCAUUCACGAGGCUGCGCGUGCUGACUCUGAAAGAUUUAGGCAUGAAGGUGUUGCCGGCUUCAAUUGGGGACUUGAAGAGUUUGAGAUAUGUCGAUUUGUCUCGCAACAACUUCAACAAACUUCCCAUUUGCAUAGGUGAGCUGCAGCAUUUGCAGACCUUGCUGUUGUUCCACUGUCUCAAGCUGAGAGAACUGCCGGAUGAAGUGCACCAUUUUCCGAGUCUGAGUCAUCUGGACGUGGACAAAUGCAUGAAUCUGAUGCACAUGCCGUCCGCGUUAAAGAAACUGACUUGGCUUCGGUCAUUGCCCCAUUUCGUGACCAGCAAGCGCAACGGCCUUGAGGAACUCCUUCAUCUCAAUCAGCUCAGGGGAGAUUUGGAGAUUUCACACCUGGAGCGUUUCAAAUGUAAAGGAUCAAGUUCAAAUAAUGGAAAGGAUCAUGAUCAUCCUAUCUACUUGAAAGAGAAGCAACAUCUUGAAGGCCUCACCUUGAGGUGGAAUCAUGAUGAUGAGAAAAAGAAGCACUCAUUGGAGGACUACCAAUUACAAAAUCUGGAACCACAUCCAAAUUUGAAAAGAUUGUUCAUUAUAGGCUAUCCAGGUAAUCAAUUUCCAACUUGCUUGUUAUCCCUCAAGAACCUUGUUGAGAUUAGUUUGUACAACUGCCCCAAAUGGAAACAUCUCCCUAUAGUGGACCAGCCCCUUAUAAAAAAACUCACACUCGUGAGUUUGGCCGAUCUAGAGUUCAUAACAGAUAUGGACAAUAGUUUGGAGGAGCUGCCACUAGAACGAGUGAGAAUAUUGGACUGCCCAAACCUCACGAGUUGGGGGAAUCCGGAAACAUGCAAUACUACUGCAUUCAGUGGUGCCUUAUCAGAAUUGGUAGUGGAAUACUGUCCCAAGCUGGAUAGUAUGCCUCUGUUUCCUAAGAUUAAAAAUAAGCUAGUUUUAGAUCACUCCAGCAUGAAACCGUUGUUGAACACCCUAGGAUACAAAUCAGAUACUUCUCCUCCCCUAUCUGAAUUAAAACAAUUGACCGUUAAUGGUUGCGAAGAUUUGAAGUCCAAUAUCAAAGGUUGGAAACAUCUCAGCAAACUUGAGACUUUGCAUAUUUCUAACUGUACGCAGAUCAAUUUGCCGAGUGAGGAAUGGAAGGGUUUGAAGGGACUGACUGAUCUGGUCAUAGAGGAUAUACCAGAUCUAAAGUCACUUCCAGAAGAAAUAAAACACCUUGCCUCUGAGGGAUCUCUGGAUAGUCUUGAGAUAAAGAGUUGUCAUGAGUUAACGACGAUGCUGGAUUUUGGCGAAUACCUCCACUCCUUUGCAUAUAUAUUAAUUGAAGAUUGUCCCAAUUUAGAUUCAUUGCCUGAUAGCUACAAAGACAACUUUUUCACACCAUUGAAAAUCCAAAACUGCCCAUUGUUGAAGGAUUCAUACUAAAGCAAAUCAAAGAUUCCGCAGAGCUAGAGUAGAAUUUGACCAUCAAAUUCUAACAAAUUCAGUUCAAAACAUGAAUUCAAGCACUAGUAUUUAUUUUGUACCUAUUUGAACCAAUGCGGGACACUUCGUUGGGAUAUAUUCAAAAGACAAACAAGACGGGAGAUUCAAAAGAAGAGAGUUUAGGUGCAUUUUGAAAUCAAUAAUUACUUCAUUAAAAUGCACAAGAUGUGCUCAGACAGAAUACAUAAAAGGUCCAUCUGUUCAUCAUUUCGACAGAAACACAUGGCUCAACAACAAAACAAAAGCUUAUAAAAAGGUCCCCCACAACAAAGAGCAUCAACAUUGUCAAGUGAAUAAUUGUUCUCCACUGGACCCUACAACAACCCCCAUUUCCAAAGAGGCCGGAUCUUAGCCUAUACACCACCGAAAUGCAUAAAGGAAGAUUCGGACCUAUAUAAGUUAUGGCGAUUGCAUUGUCUACCAAUAUGAAUACACAUAUCCACUUCAUCUAUGUACCUGUCACUUACAGCCAGCAAUUUAUGAAGCCUUAUUACAUGAUUUA